AUGCUUCUAGCCUUCCAAAAGAUAGAUUCGUGUGGAGAAGAAUUCGCAAUAAAGUUCUGCAUAACCAUCGUGAAAAUGUCUGUAAUUAAGGGUAUAUUAUACUUUCGUCUCGCUGUGGGUAAUUAUUGGGAGUGUAGUUCAUCAAAAAUUGUUCAGUUUUUGUGUAAAUUGUAUUGUGUUAUGUAUAUUACCGUAUCUACUUAUUUGAACUUUUCAGAUGGGUUAGCAGAGUAUGGUCUCAAAGUUUAUAAUGAUGCGUUUUUCUUUUUUUUCUUUAUUAUAAAUGGAGCAAUCGCUAUUUGGAAUAAACAAGAGUAUUUUACAAGAUUUUAUUCCGGUAUAAGGACCGUAGACAAAAUUAUUCAUUUCAAAAAACCUAAUUCAGCUUGGCUAAUCGCUUACCUUAUUUUGAUAGCCAUUAAAAGUGCUGGUAAUAUAUUGGUGUUUUUGAACCUGAAAUUUAUUCUAUCUUUUGCAAUUCAAAUGGCGGAUAUUUCAAAAACUGUAUCAUACUUGCCUUCAGUUAUGAUAUAUGAAAUGUUGUGGUCACGAAUGGCAUUUCUACGAAACUGGCUGAAUUCAAAGUUCAUUCACGGAAAUCUUGAAGAAAAGCAGUUUUGUCUAAGGAAGUUCUUGCAUUUGUACAAAACAUUGCUUGAUAAUGUUACCAAAGUAUAUAAUAUACUAGUUUUACAGACUUUCAUCGAGCUGGUUUACCAUUUGACGAAACUAUUAUUUGAUACGCAUUCUUCUAUAGCGAUGAUGUUAUCGGGAAACGUAACAUUAAGAAUUUCCCUGUCAAUUUUAGUGACCUCAAUGUUAGAUUUUGUGGUCAUGAUAAUUGGUCCACUGUUUCUUGAGCUGACACUUCAUGAAUAUGAUAAGCUGAUGUCUUUGAUUACCACAGAGUUAAUACAGUGCAAAGAUAGAACCUAUCGGGAGCAGAUUCUUACCACAUUGGAGUACUUAGAAGUUCGACCUCCUCGCUUCACAGUAUGGCGGAUUGUAACUGUGAAUUUGAAACUAGUUGUUACUAUUGUGCAACUACUUGUGACUUAUAUUAUUGUACUGCUUUCAUUUCAAUUUUGA